CAAAGUUUUCUAUCGAAGAAAAUUUUCAAAUCUGCGAGUUCAACAAUUAUCAAAAUGAAAAUUGAAUAAAUUUUGAAUUUUUUUUUCGUUGUUUGUUUGUUUACUCGUUGCUAUAGUCUCUUCUCAAUAAUACGUGGCCGUUUAUCCAACCGUUUGAAUUUGAAUUUGUUUUGAAUGAAGUAUACGCAAAUAUUUACCUAUUUCUUUUUCAAUAAUAAUCAAAUAAUCAAAUUUUCUUUUUUCAACCCUAGAAAUACUGGAAAAAAUUAAAAUAAUCGCGUCCAAUUCGUAUCAUUAUUUCAUUUCAUGUGUUCGCGAAUUUUACUUGAUCGAUAGGUACAUUUUGAGAUCGUAAAAUAUGAUCGCGGACGCUGUCGUGUGUAGAUAAUUUUACUCGGCUGUCGAUAGAAUUUAUGUUUUGAUGUGAUGUGAUAAUCCAAAUGUUAAGUAUCUACGGUUUUACGCGAUGAUGUGAAAUAAAAUAAAUGAUUAUUAUGAUAAAAAAAAUUAAAUAAAUCGUCGUAUUAUGAGAGAAAUAAUUACGCUUCAGAUUGGACAGUGUGGAAAUCGCGUUGGCCAAAAAUUUUGGGAAGUCAUAUCAGAUGAACAUGGUAUAGGACCUGAUGGCUUAUAUUACGAUGACCAACCGCCUCAAUUGCAAAGGAUAUCCGUGUAUUAUAGAGAAGCAUUCGAUGGCAGAUACGUCCCUCGAGCAGUACUCACCGACUUGGAAGCAGGCGUUUUAGAUUCGAUACAAUCAGAAACAUGCGGACCAUUAUUCAAUACAAAUAAUUUCAUAUCUGGCGUGGCCGGAGCGGCUAAUAAUUAUUCGAAAGGUCACUACAUCGGAGGCCCAGAAUUAUUAGAACACGUGGUCGAAAUAAUUCGAGGGGAAGUCGAAUAUAGUGAUUCGCUUCAAGGGUUUCAACUUGUGCAUUCGCUCGGAGGUGGAUCUGGAUCCGGGUUUGGGUCACUUGUGAUGUCGAAAAUCAAAGAAGAUUUUCCCGAUUGUGUUUUAAAUAAUUAUUCCAUCAUACCGUCUCGUAAAGUAUCAGACGUCGUAGUCGAACCGUACAACACGAUGUUAUCCUUAAGACACCUUCUAGAAUACUCAGACGCGACAUAUUGUAUCGAUAACGAAGCAUUAUUCAACAUAAGUUACAACAUAUUACGAGAAAGCAAACCGCUGUACAGCGAUUUAAAUCACUUGAUAUCGAUAUCGAUGUCCGGAAUCACGACUUGUUUCCGAUUUCCAUCCGAGUUAAACUCGGAUCUACGUAAACUAGCCGUGAACAUGGUACCAUUUCCUCGACUACACUUUUUCAUACCCGGAUUUACACCUUUGACGGCUCGAGCUAUCGACUUCAGACGUACAAAUUUACCAAUCAAAGAACUAACCAAAGGUAUCUUCGACCCGAACAACAUGCUAGUAGCUUGCGACCCCAGAUCCGGAAGAUAUCUAACGGUGGCGGUGAUUUUUCGAGGUAUGUUAUCGGUGAAAGAAGUCGAAGAAGAGAUGGGCGAUAUGCAGGAGAAAAACAAAAUGUAUUUUGUCGAAUGGCUGACGAACAAUUUGAAGAUAUCUAUUUGCGAUAUACCUUCGAGAGGAUUAUCCGAAUCGGCAACCAUUGUAGGUAACUCGACCAGUAUACAAGAGGUAUUUAAACGAGUUUUAGAACAAUUUGUCACCAUGUUUCGAAGGAAAGCUUUUAUUCAUUGGUAUACCGGCGAAGGAAUGGAAGAAGAUGAAUUCGCAGCCGCCAAAGAUGCUGCGGCUGAACUGAUCGCCGAGUAUGAACAACAUCAAGAUGCGUAUAUGUAAGGAUUAUUAUGUCUAGUUUUUUGGUUUCUCAUUGCGUUAUUGAUUGCCUGGCAUAUGGGCACC